AUGCCCUCCGCGUCGACCUCGCCCCCCCCUCCCGUUAACCGGCGGGACACCACCACCACCACCCCCCCUCGGCCAAUCGCGGAAGCUUCCUCCUCCUCCUCCCUCCUCCCCCCUCCGCCUUCCUCCGCCGUCGAUAUCGAUCGUCCUCCGACGAAAGCUCCCCUCUCCGCAUCUCCUCUCUCGCCUGCGCGCGCGGAUAAACCGGAAUCGGCGGAGCCCCCCGCCGCAUCGAUCGAGCGGUCCCCCGAGCGAACGGCGCGGCAACCGAACGACGGGACGCCGGAGGGACGGACAGAGGGAGAUAGGGAGUGGGCCCCCUUCGCUCCGGCGAUCGGAGUCUUCCGCCUCCGCCGCCGCCGCCGCCGUCUAUGCUCGCGCCUUGGAUGA